CGAGUACGGUUUUACGUUUUAGCUGUUAGUGAAAUAAUGCGCUCAAGCGUGUUGUGCACUGAAUGCUGAAGCGGCAGAUGUUUACCGAGCCUUGUGCAAUCGUGUCUCUGAUUUUUGUUUCCAGCCAUGACCAUGCAGUUCAUCAGUCACCGGUUUCCAGAGGAUCACGAUCCCACAAUUGAGGAUGCUUAUAAAAUACGAAUACGCAUUGAUGAUGAACCUGCCAAUCUGGAUAUCUUGGACACAGCAGGACAGGCAGAGUUUACAGCCAUGAGAGACCAGUACAUGAGGGCUGGCGAGGGAUUUAUCAUCUGUUAUUCAAUCACAGACCGGCGCAGUUUCCAUGAAGUGCGUGAGUUCAAACAGCUAAUCUAUCGUGUUCGACGCACUGAUGACACUCCCGUGGUCCUAGUGGGAAAUAAAUCUGAUCUGACACAGCUACGGCAGGUCUCCAAAGAAGAAGGCUCUGCUUUAGCACGAGAAUUCAACUGCCCUUUUUUUGAAACUUCAGCUGCAUACCGUUAUUAUAUUGAUGAUGUAUUUCAUGCUCUUGUGCGAGAAAUCCGCAGGAAAGAAAAAGAAGCAGUAAUGGCAAUGGAAAAAAAAUCAAAACCUAAAAGCAGCGUGUGGAAAAGACUGAAGUCACCAUUUAGAAGGAAGAAGGAUUCAGUCACUUGAACAGGGAGAACGCCUCUGCAAAAUAAAACAAAACCUGUGAAUAGCCAUUUGUAACCAAAGCGGUUUAGUGACAACAUUUUGACAGCAUGUUUUAAACCUGAUGGGACUUUUAUGAGGGAAUGCGUAACUUUUACCAAUUAUUUUUGUUUAGAAUGAUAUUCCCUUAAUAUUGGGUAUUUAACUUAAGACACAGUAACAGUUGUACUUUUGUUUGUUGUCAUUUUUUUACUGGAUCCAGCAAAUGUUGCUUGUAUGUCGUUGGUUACAAAUGCUGAUAGGUUUAUGUCCCUGCACUUUUGAAUGUUUGUCUUCGGUCACUGCGUACUGGAAGCUGAAUUGUGUAAAAUAUUGCUGAAGUUCUACCCAACCUAACUUAAUUCAUUUUUUUACUAGUUUGCACAAGAAAAUUUUGCUGCUCUCCAGAACAGUAACCCACAUCACGAGAGGCAGCUUGUCGAGGUCGUGCUGAAAAAUAGUUUACAAAGCGUAUGUCAUGACUAGCAGCCUUGGCUGUGUAUAGAUGUCAUUGAACAGAGCUGUGCUAGAGUUCUUGUGUUCUCAUUGAACAGAUUUUUUCCAGCAAAAGUAAUGUGGAAUACUUGUACAAGUUUAUCUAAAUUAUCAGUUAAUCAGCGGUGUUGUAGGUGGGAUUCUAAACAAGUCGGAAAAAGCAAAUUAUGGUUCCUAUGGCAGCUAUAACUUGGCAACAGUGCAUGAAUAUGUAGCAUUUUCCUACUGUAUAUAGCAUUUGCUGUGUUGCCAUAGCAUGUGUAAUGUAAUGAUGCUGUAGAGACCACAGCUUUGAAUUUUCUGACUUGCGUGUUAAAAAUCACAGCUGUAAUGGUGCGCUGGCUUAUUUAUUUAUGUCAGUUUUAUGUUCUUGUCUUAAAGGAGCCAGUAUCUUUGUUAAGUAGAAGUCUCUAACAUAGUCAUUUCAAGUUAUUCUAUGGUAACUACUUUGUAGAGAAAAUGACUGAUACUGAGGUAUCUGGGCCCAGAAUUAAUAUCCCUAAUACUGGUAAGAUUCUUCCAAUGCAGUCUUAAAAGUAGAAUUGCCGGUGCAGUGGAAGGAAGCAGUUAGCUGGACACAGUGACAGUCCUGACAGAUACUCACAUCCCUGACCUUGCAUAUGCGGGCGGUCCAGGCAGUGCAGGUUCAGGUUUUCUUGCACUCGUAAAGAAUGAUGUGGUUAAGAAAGUGCUUCUGAGGCAGACUCUCCAUACGUAGAGAUAUUCUCUGCUUUCGAGCUGAUUUACCUAUACAUCGGUUAUAGAAUUGAAAUCCAGCAGAGAGAUGGAUGUCUGGUGUUCCUCUUGAUUUUGUUUUUUAAUAAUAGAACAAAUCAUAGUUAGGUAACUCAGACAUGGUUAAAACAAGUUUCUCAGAGAACUAAGUGCCUAGAAUCUUUCAGUUUAAGAGUGAAAGAGCUUAGUAGACUAAGUGUAGUAUAGCUUCUGUUAUUCUAUCAUCUGUGUCGGUAACUAUGUUAAUCUUACUGAACAAAAAUCAGAUCUGUAAUGUCAGUCUUAGUGUGCUGCAUGUGAUAGUGCAGUCAAAACUGAAAAUUUUUAUGUAAAAGGAUUAGUACAAGAAGCAAGGAUAGCAAAUAUAUAAACUUAAGCUUUUUUUCUUGCUAACUCCUCAUUGCUUAAGAUACGACUGGAAAUUCUGUGCCUUUUGGUUUUAAGAGUAUUAUUUUUGUGUAAGAUUUAAAAAAACUUAUAAUGAGAAAU